AUGCCCACUGCCACGAGUGUUUUCCCUCCACUGGAGACCCGUCCGCUCAAGGACACUAUCGUUUUGUUUGAUGUCGAUGAGACCUUGACCAAGGCCAGACGAACUGUCACCCCGGAAAUGCUGGAGCUGCUCUCACGUCUGCGACAUAAGUGUGCUAUUGGUUAUGUUGGCGGCUCCAAUUUUGCGAAGCAGCAGGAGCAGUUGGGGUCAGCCACGGUAGAUGUGACUACCCUAUUUGAUUUCUGUUUCCCCGAGAAUGGUCUUGUUGCCUACCGCUUGGGUACGCUGCUCUCCAGCAACAGCUUUAUUCAAUGGCUCGGAGAGGAGAAGUAUCAGGAGCUGGCAGAUUUUUGUCUAGCAUAUAUCUCCAAGGUCAAGUUACCUAGGAAGCGUGGUACCUUUAUUGAGUUCCGCAAUGGUAUGAUCAAUGUCAGCCCAGUUGGACGUAACGCCAGUGUGGAGGAAAGAGAUGAAUUUGAGGCGUAUGAUAAGAUCCACAACAUUCGAAAGGAUUUGGUGGAGGCCUUAAAAAAGCAGUUCCCAGCCUAUGGCCUCACAUUUUCGAUUGGCGGCCAAAUCUCUUUCGAUGUCUUCCCUGCUGGCUGGGACAAGACUUACUGCUUGCAGCAUGUUGCAGCCGAAAAGGACAUUACAGGCACUGAGUACAAGAACAUUCACUUCUUCGGCGAUAAGUGUUUUGUUGGAGGCAAUGAUUAUGAGAUUUACUCCGACCCCCGAACUAUUGGUCAUUCGGUUGAGAACCCGGAUGAUACCAUGAAGCAGCUAACGGAGCUUUUUGACCUUUAA